AUGCACCACACUCCGUACAUCCUGUUGCUGUUGCUGCUGCUGCUCUGCUGCUUCACCGCUUCUUUUGCAGCCGCUGAGCAUCGCUGCAUAUUUGACCGCAUUUCUCGCAAGGCUGGGCCCCCGAUGAGGGCAGUUGUGCGUGAAUUGCCGGGGCGGGAGCGUGACGGGACGCAGGUGUUUGCUGCCUUUGUGUCUGACUGGGCGCCCAUCCGUUUUAAGGUCUUCUCGAGGGACAUGAACAGUGCUUCCAGGUACUGCACCGCUGCGGGAGAGUCCCGCCCGGACAUGGGAGGAAGAAUCCGUGUGUGCCGGCGGAACGAUGUUCUCACGGCCAAGAAAAAGUCCAUCAUCUUGAGUCGGUUGCUUCCCCGAGCCACACAGCUGCACAUGGAUCGUCUCCACGUUCAACCGUUCACGGGCGCGGUGGUUGUUCAGAAUUUUUCGGCUGGAACAGUAUUGCGGCAAUUUUGA